CAAAUAAAUAGUAGUGGUUUUUGGGUUAAGUUUAUACCAUCUACUGAACUAUUCAGCGAUUGAAGAAGAAGAUAAAGGAAAUGGCUUCGAUAACAAUCCCUCAUGUUCUAACUUCACCCCGAGAUGAUGCUAUUCAAUUGCAUCGUGCUUUUAAAGGAUUUGGCUGUGAUGUUAAGGCUGUUAUAAAUAUCCUUGCCCAUCGAGAUGCAACACAACGUUCUUAUAUACGUCAUGAGUACAAAAACAUGUAUUCUGAAGGACUAGAGAAACGCUUGGCUAGCGAGCUUUCGGGUGAUGUCGAGAGAGCGGUGUUAUUGUGGAUGGACGAUCCAGCUACACGUGAUGCUACUAUACUGAACUGGGCUCUCCGUGAAGGCGUGGUUAAUCUAAAAGCCGCGACUGAAGUGAUAUGUUCACGAACUCCAUCCCAGUUAGUACAAGUCAAACAAUUGUAUCAUUCGAUUGCUAAAAGUUCCCUUGAGCAAGACAUUGAGUAUCAGUGCACCGGCGAUCAUCAACAGUUGUUGCUCAAAUAUCUUGGCACACAACGCUAUGAAGGACCUGAAAUCGAUAGAAGUAUGGUAGAACAUGAUGCUAAAGCCCUCUAUAAAGCUGGGGAGAAAAAGUUAGGAACCGAUGAGAAGACUUUCAUAAAGGUUUUCAGCGAAAGAAGUCGCGCUCACUUAGCCGCAGUGGAAACUGCAUAUAAAAGCAUAUAUGGUAGCUCACUUCAAAAGGUGGUUAAGAACGAAACAUCUGGUAACUUUGAAUUUGGACUUUUAACAAUCUUGAGGUGUGCUGACAACCCAGGGACAUACUUUGCUAAGCAACUGCACAAGGCAAUGAAGGGAAUGGGAACAAAUGACUCGGACCUGAUUAGGAUAAUCGUUACAAGAGCAGAGAUUGACAUGCAAUACAUAAAGGGAGAGUAUCAGAAGAAAUAUGGGAAAUCUUUGAAGGAUGUUGUUCGGUCUGAGACAUCGGGCAAUUACGAAGACUUUCUUCUUGCUCUUCUUGGUCACUAGCUAAACUCUUAGCUAGUUUGUAUUUGUGCUUUAUGAUAUGAUUGGUUUUUUUAUGUAAUGUUUUCUGUGCUUAUUUGCUAAUAAGUUGGAUGUAUUGUGGCUGUGUUUUGUUGUUGUAAAAAGAUGAACAUUCUGGGUAUUUAAACCUAGAAUAUUUUCUUAUGUA